ACAGUCCAACAUUUGUUUGAUUGUGUACAUCAUUUACCUGGUGUACAUCGACCACACAAAUGUCUGCUAAUGCUACAAGCUACUUACACUUAAGUGCAGCUUCGUAUCUUUAACUGUUAGCGGUUCGCGUAUCUUAUUUUGCGGUUAUUUUGCGAUUCCAGGGGGUGGAGGUUGUUCAGCCAUUCGAAAAAAAUGUCGAACGAGAUUCAUUUCCAUACACAACUGACUUCCAUCAUGGAGAUAUUAACUAAAGCAGCUGUAGCAGAAAUCACCAAACUUGUUGACGAAAGUUAUGCCGUUUUACGUUUCCAAGUGUACAGAUGUCAAAACGAGAAAGACUUGCUGAAGAGAAAACUGCAACUGGCUGAGCGCGAGCUGCGCUUGGCACGAGGAGCCAGGGCGCAUGGGUGUUCGAAUGAAAGUGUUCCUGUUGGACUUCAGGUGUUCAGGGGCAUAUCAGAUGUAGAAGGUGGUGCUGAUUAUGGACAGAAACCUCCCUUUGAACAGAAGCUGUUUGUGAAGGACUGUCACUCAGAAUGCACACCUGAAGGAGGCGAACAGGUAACACCACCCACACCUGCUGCAGAGGAACUGGUAACACCGCCCACACCUGAAGGAGAUGGGAAGAAAUCAGACACAGAGCCCACACCUGUAGGAGACCCAGAGGAGCUGAGUGAGCAGCACAGGUGUGGACACGGUGAUGAGGAGCUCAGUGGACUGGAGUUUGUUGUGAAGGCAGAGCAAGAGGAAGAGCAUGUAGCCCAGACAGGAUGUGAACAUAAUGCAGGAAGACUCAACAAUCUGGGCUCUGAGUAUGUAAUGUAUGAGAGAGACAGUCAGCUGUGGACUUCCUUUACCCAAGAGGACAGUGACCUAGAGACUGAUGAUCCAGUUUGUUCUAAUGCUACAGAACAUUUCUCACAGAAUCUGCCAAUUCACGCACAGCUUCAACAUGCUCCUGCCACCAUGGAAGUCUCUGGAAACACACUGCCCUCCUUUGGGGCUUCAUAUGUUGAGGAGUUUGAUAAGAUGGGUGAGAAGCCGUCUGCUUGCAGUGAGGAGCUCAGAUCAGAGGCCAUUCACACACAGCAGGGUCAGUACAGAGAGAGACUUGUGCACACAGUGGAGAGAGAGAAUCAGACAUUACUGCCCCAGCAGCAGCAACAUGGACCCUCAGUAAAACACAUGAGAGGCAGUGAGAGCCCAGCCCAGCCACACUCAGGCUCUCAGUAUGAGACCAGCUCUACUGAGAUGGGCAAGACCAAUGGACAAACUGACUUUGGAAAGAAACCGUUCAUUUGUACACACUGUGGGAAGGGUUUCGCUUAUUUCAGUUGCUAUAAAGUACAUCUGCGAAGUCACACCGGGGAGAAACCAUACGGCUGUACACAGUGCGGAAAGAGGUUCACUCAGCAAAGCAAUCUCACCAAACAUGAGAGUGUUCACGGUGGAAAUAAGCCAUUUCACUGCUCACAGUGUGGGAAGAGUUUCAGAUAUCGCUCCAUCCUAACGCUUCACCUGCGAAUUCAUUCUGGCGAGAGACCUUUCCACUGUGCACAGUGUGGAAAGAGUUUCGCUCAGUCCUCCCAUUUUAAGAGACACCAGCGAUCUCACGUGGGCAAGAAACCAUAUGGCUGUUUUUGAGAAGUUUUGACUGCUCAAAGUUUGACUCCACAAUUUUUAACCUCAACAUUUACAUUCAAAUUCCCACCCAAUGGGUGAAUAAUUGUUCUGCACCUCAUAAAUUCACUUUGUAAUCUUGGACUAUUGUCAGAUCGGAGAGAACUUUAAUGCUGUUUUUAUGCAACAAAUAUUCAUAAAUGUCUCAUAUAUUGGGUUGUCUAUUUGAAGAAUUUAAUUUUAGUGGAGAGAAAAUCAUCUGCCAAUCUUGGGUUACUCAAACUGGGCCAAUACAGUUGGUCAGCUCAGCAUUAUUGCUCAAUAGCGCCUCCUCUGGCCAGUUGGCUGCCUGCACCAUUGAUAUAGUCAACAAGAAGUGGAGACCACUUCCGCUUACUGGUUCCAUGGAGGCUUACUCAUGUCUUAUUCUGGGCUUUUUUUGGAACCUGAACGUGCGCACUGGGGGCUGUGUUUGGCACUGGAGCAUGUGUACUGGGUUCCCUUAAAUGGGAGUGGGGGAUGAAUAGGAAACAAAAUCAUAUAUCUUCUUCUGUGUGGCUCGGAAAAUAAAUCUCUACCUGGUGAGUAAUUACUUCAAUGUGAAGAAAAGUACUAUCCACAAUAGUAUAAUUUCACCGGGGCAAUCGCAUAGUUCUGAAUGGACUUCAAUUGGGAAGUCCAUUCAGAGGGGGGGGGGGGCGGCCAAUCGCCGGUCCCCUGGCUGACACCAGUUCUGACCUUGAAAACAAAACUAUUUUAUGUUAUUUUGAAAGAGGUAACCAACUGACAUUGUGAAGAGAGAUUCUGAUCUGAUUUCCAGACGACCUUGAUGAAAACAUCCCGCUGCACAAGUUUCAUAACAGAGUCCUGUGUGUGUGUGUGUGUGUGUGUGUGUGUGUGUGUGUGUGUGUGUGUGUGUGUGUGUGUGUGUGUGUGUGUGUGUGUGUGUGUGUGUGUGUGUG